ACCGUGCCCUGGAGGACACUGCUGCUGAGGCUCCAGAGACACAGUUCCAGAGAGAUCCCAAGAUCCUGACACAAUGAGGAAGCAUCUGAGCGGAUGCUGGUUGGCCAUUGUCUGCGUCCUGCUGUUCAGCCAGCUCUCGGCAGUCAAGGCAAGAGGCAUAAAGCACAGAAUCAAGUGGAACCGGAAGACUUUGCCCAGCAUCUCCCAGGUCACGGAGGCGCACGCGGCUGAGAUCCGCCCUGGGGCCUUCAUCAGGCAGGGCCGGAAGCUUGAUAUCGACCUUGGCGCUGAAGGCAACAGGUACUACGAGGCCAACUACUGGCAGUUCCCCGAUGGGAUCCACUACAAUGGCUGCUCCGAGGCCAAUGUGACCAAGGAGAAGUUUGUCACCAGCUGCAUCAACGCCACCCAGGUGGCCAACCAGGAGGAGCUGUCCCGCGAGAAACAAGACGACAAGCUUUACCAGCGGGUCCUGUGGCGGCUGAUCAGGGAGCUCUGCUCUGUCAAGCACUGUGAUUUUUGGUUGGAAAGGGGAGCGGGACUUCGGGUCACCCUAGACCAGCCUGUGAUGCUCUGCCCGCUGGUUUUCAUUUGGUUUAUUGUGACAUAAGCUUGCAGGCAGGCUGGCAGCCACGGGGAUGGGGGUGGUGAGCAAGCCGCUGAGUUAUCCCAGUUCCUCUCCUCCAGGCCCAAACCCCCACGUGUCCCGAAGGUACUGAGGAACCAAGUAUUCCCACGGGUACCCGUCUGCUUUUGAUAAAUGUGUGUGUACCAAUCCCCUCCAGGCUCUACCGAAGGGCGGCCUUUUAAUCACCACAUUCUCAGGUCCCAGCGGAGGGUCUGGCGCACCAUCUUCCACAGUAAAUGUUGGGUGAACAGAUAAGAGAACGAGCCAGGGACCCUGCCACGCGCGUCACACUAUUUCCGGACCCCUCUUAGAGGUAGGUGCUAUUCCCACUGUACAGAUGAGGAAACGGAGGCUCCAGCAGGUGACGUGGCUGGAGAGUAGCAGAGCCAAAAUUCAAUCCUGGCUUGUCUCACCCCAGAUUUUCCCCUCUGUGCAAUCCCAGAGCUGUCUUGUGAUCCCUUCCUUACUGCUCGCAAGACCCAAACCCAAACACAGAUUUCUGGUGAAACCGCAGAAACCCCCCUUUUGGAAAUACGAAACGGUCUGAACUGAUGGCCAUGUAUCUUAAUACCUGGUUACAUGGAGGUUUUAUUUAAUUCUUCUCAUCAAACUAAGAUACAAGAAAGGGAUUAAGCGGACACAGAAGUAAAGCUAGACAAAGGCCCAGAAAUCACAGCGUAAGGCAAUCUUGCCGGGCUGGUUCCCAGAGCAGACCAGAUGCACAGCAGGAUGUGACCACAGCACAAAGGUUUUUGUUUUGUUUUGUUCUGGUUUCGGUGUUUUUCUUUUUGUUUUCGUUUUUCGCAAGAAGGAUAAGUAUUUGCUGUUCCUGGCUCUGAACUAUUGUCUGGAUUUGAGAAAGUAUUUUUAAUGGACAUGUUUGCUUUCUAAUGUUCGUUCCCCCAGCCCUUUCUGUAUCUCUCUGUGUAUAUGCAUAUGAGAAUCUUUAAAUAUACUCCCUUUACACGGGUACCGCGCCAAUUUCUGGCUGCUCUUUUACUCCCACUUUGGUGAGGGGCCGUCAUUUCUGUGAACCACUUAGCAAUUCCUUGCCAAAAAGGUUCAAGAGAAGCUACGUCUUUAGGGAGACCCAACAAAGAACUCACUCAUGCCCUAAGCAAGAGGAGAUACGCCACUUAUUAUCUACUUCUUAUUAGUUACAUAUAGAUACUACAAAAUGCUAGUAGUUAAUAUUAGUUAAAAAUAAAUAUAUUACAAAAUAUGAAUACGGCUUAAGUACAAAUAAUGAAUCUAAUGCUCUAAGAUGCCCCAAGAGACCCUCUGGGGUGCAUUUAGAGACCCCCCUCCUCCCCAGGAAUUGUUGAACCAUAUUUGGACGCAGCAGCUGCUGAAUAUUAUCAAUUCUCCUUUAAAGAGAGUCUGUAAGGGGAGAAAAAUGUGCAUUCUCAGACAGUGUAUCCUAAGUAUUUUAAAACAUGAAUGUUGAUAAUGGUACCUCUUGUUCUGAGCCUCCACUGCUAUCAGCGUUCUUCUCAAGGAUACUUUUGGAAGGUUGAAAUACACGGAAAGCCAGUGGAGGACUUGGGGGCGGGGCAGCCCAGGGUAGCGGCUUUCCCCUGGGAGCCUGGGGGCCUAGCCCCUGCCCUGAAUCUGCACCGAGGAGGAGGAGGGUGGGAUGGAGGAGUCCAGAAGGCCUUAGUUCUCAGACGGCCAGCACUGUGCCCACCUUCCGCUUCCACAGUCUUGUUGGAUUCUUGAGCAGAGCACAAGAUAGAAGUACAAGCCAUGUGGGUCAUUUCUUCCCUGUCCAUUUUUUAUUUUUAUUUUUUUAAUAAUAACAAUAGCAAGAAAGACCGAAAAAGAUAGAAGGAUGGAAGGAAGGAAAGAAGGAAGGAAGGAAGGAAGGAAGGAAGGAAGG